AUGUUUGCUCAGCUCAAGCUGUUGCUCAGGUCGACUGUUAGCUCAGCUCAGGCUGUUGCUCAGGUCGGUCUGUUAGCUCAGCUCGGGCCGUUAGCUGAGGUCGGGCUGUUCCGAGGCAGCUUAGCCGAAUCCUGCAAGGAUAUUCUCACCUUGGAGCCCCGACUCGCCUGCGGGGAAAUCGGUGAACUAUUUUAUCUUCUAACCUGCGUGAUUGCUAUACUAGCAUAUAUCUCUGGAUAUGUCUGUUUUUGUAUUUUUGUUAAAAUUCAUCGUUUUACUAUAAUUUUGGAUCUUGCUUCUGAACUUGAUGAUUUGACCCAACCAUUGUUUAAGAUUUUCAACCAAGACCGGCGUCUGCUGCCAGGUCCUUUUACUACCCACUUUGCUUUGUAUGAUUAG